GUGUACUGUUUUUGAUUGCAGAGCCGGGGACUGGGGUUACCCUGGAUACUGGUGGUUUGUGGGACGCCCUAAGGGCCCGUAGGAGCGGGGCCCCAGCCUGGACAAGCCUGUAGCCCGGAGUGUGGAGGGAAGAGCGGCGCUCAGGAUGUUCGCGGGGCUGCAGGAGCUCGGGGUCGCCAACGGGGAAGAUCUGAAGGAAACACUGACCAACUGCACCGAACCCCUGAAAGCCAUAGAGCAGUUCCAGACAGAAAAUGGCGUCCUGUUGCCGUCACUGCAGUCAGCGCUGCCGUUUCUGGAUCUUCACAGCAUCCCCCGGCUCGAGUUCCACCAGACUGUGUUCGAUGAACUAAGGGAGAAGCUGCUGGAUAAAGUGUCGGCCAUCGCAGCAGAAGGAAAACACGGGGACAGAUACACCAAGUUAGAAGAGCUCUUAGAGAAGUCUUUCCCCCUGGUGAAGAUGCCGUCCAUCCAGCCGGUGGUCAUGUGUGUCAUGAAGCACUUGCCCAAGGUGCCCGAGAAGAAGCUGAAGCUGGUGAUGGCCGACAAGGAUCUGUAUAAAGCCUGCUCCGUGGAGGUGAAGCGGCAGAUCUGGCAGGAUAACCAGGCUCUGUUCGGGGACGAGGUCUCUCCUCUGCUCAAGCAGUACAUCCAGGAGAAGGAGAACGUACUGCUCAGCAGCGACCUCUCCGUCCUGCACAACUUCUUCAGCCAGUCCCCAAAGACCAGACGACAGGGGGAGGUGGUUCAUAAACUGACUCAGAUGAUCGGGAAGAACGUGAAGCUGUAUGACAUGGUCCUGCAGUUCCUGCGCACUCUCUUCUUGAGGACCCGAAACGUUCACUACUGCACGCUGCGGGCGGAGCUUCUUAUGUCCUUACAUGACCUGGACGUCAGUGAGAUCUGCACGGUCGACCCCUGCCACAAGUUCACCUGGUGCCUGGACGCCUGCAUCCGAGAGAAGUUUGUGGACGCAAAGAGAGCUCGAGAGUUACAGGGAUUUCUCGAUGGAGUGAAGAAGGGUCAAGAACAGGUUCUGGGAGAUUUAUCCAUGAUCUUGUGUGACCCAUUCGCCAUCAACACUUUAGCUUUGAGCACCAUCCGGAACCUGCAGGAGCUGAUCGGCCAAGAAUCCCUCCCCAGGGACAACCAUGAAUUGCAUCUGCUUCUCAGAAUGCUUUCCCUGGGGCACGGAGCCUGGGACAUGAUAGACAGCCAGGUGUUUAAGGAGCCCAAGCUGGUUUCUGCAGGAGAACAGAAUUGCCUGUGAGAUUGGACUCUACUACCUGCUGCACAUCACAAAGCAGAGGAAUAAGAACUCUCUGCUCCGCCUGCUGCCCGCCGUCA